GCGAGGCGAACACGGGCGAACGGCGACUGCCGAACAGGAAAGCAGCGUACGUGUAAUGGUGGCCAGUUGGCUGUGUUGUUAGCGUGGUGUCUUGAGCUGGGCGUGCGUGCGUGGUAACUCGCGAACAGUAUCACGGUUGUAUUUUACGUUAGCAGCUUGUGUAAACGAUUGGCAUAGCAGUGGAAGACGCAAUUGGGCAAAAUUUACAAGGAGCAUGUCGACGACGCAGGUGCAGGUGAAGGUGGCCAGCAACGGGGAGAACAGGCCCGCCAACCAGGGCAAGCCGCGGGGCAAGGAUCCCGGGGAGCCGCCCCACAGGAAGCAGCCGGGGGGCGUCAACCACCCCAAGAAGUUCGAGCGGCGGCAGAACGACGACGUGCGCGGCUACAAGUUCAACAGGAAGCGCUCGCAGGUGUACUCGACGGGGAACGGCAAGUUCUUCCCCCCGUACAAGAGACGCAAGCACGACAUCAUUGGUCCGACCAAGUUCCUCCUCGGGGGGAACAUAUACGACCCGCUCAACCUGAACAGCCUGCAGGAUGAAGAGAUAAACAGGGCCAUGAACGCGGUGACGCCCAAGUCGUCGCCGCUGCCCACGCCGGCGCACCGCCGCGGCCAGGUGGAGAUCCUGAUCCCGCCCGACAUCGGGGACCCGCUCAACCUGGCCUCGUGCGAGGACGACGUGGAGUACGCCCAGAAGCUGGCCCCGCCGUGCCGGCGCGCCCGCAAGCAGCGCAAGAAGAAGAAGAGGAACUCCUCGUCGGGGGGCUCGUCCAAGGAGGACGGCGGCGGGGGCGAGACGGGGGAGGCCGCCGUGCCCACGGACGUCGCGGCCGCGGCGGAGGCGGUGUUCGAGACGGGCGAGGCGGCGCUCCCCAACCCGGCGGCCGUCGAGAGCGUCCCGGAGGCGCCCCAGGCCAUCAGGAAGGACUGCAAGAGGCAGCGCAAGUCCUUCGAGCUGAAGGACAAGAUAGUGAGCCCGGUGAUCCCGCAGCCGGGCGCAUGGAAGCGGCCCGCGGAGGGCAGGUUCGGGCGGUUCCGGCCCGCGGCCGGCAAGCUGCGCAAGGGCCAGCCGCCGCCGCAGCAGCAGCUGCCCAAGUUCAACCCCAAGAGCGCGGCCUUCCAGUACGGCAACUACAACAGGUACUACGGCUACCGCAACCAGGGCGGGGAGCCCGACCCGCGGCUCAAGUGGCUGGAGGCGAGGGGGGACCUCUUCAAGGACAAGGACGUGCUGGACGUGGGCUGCAACGCGGGGCACGUGACGCUGCUGGUGGCGCGGGACCACGGGCCGCGCAGCGUCGUGGGGCUGGACAUCGACGCCAAGCUCGUGGCGGCGGCGCGGCGCAACGCGCGGCGCUACGUGACCUGCGCCAGCGCGGGGGCGUCGCCGUCGCGCGCCGGCCGCGACCGCUUCUUCCCCGUGUCCAUGCCGAUCCUGUACGGCCCGGUGGGCGUGCCGUGCCAGAGCCCGUCCCCCGGGCGCGGCUUCCCGCACAACGUCACCUUCAUCCAGGGCAACUACGUGCUGGAGGACGACGCGCUGCUGUCGGUGGAGCAGCCCCAGUUCGACGUCAUCCUCUGCCUCAGCAUCACCAAGUGGCUGCACCUGAACUGGGGCGACGCGGGCCUCAAGCGCGCCUUCAAGAGGAUGUUCGCGCAGCUCCGGCCGGGCGGCCGCCUGGUGCUCGAGCCCCAGGCCUGGGACUCCUACAAGCGCAAGCACAAGCUCACGGAGACGACGUACAGCAACUACCACAGCAUCAAGUUUCUGCCGCACAAGUUCACGGAGUACCUGCUCUCGGCCGAGGUGGGCUUCAGCAAGUGCGAGGUGGUGGGCACGCCCUUCCACCGCUCGAAGGGGUUCCGCCGCCCCAUCCAGCUGUUCAGCAAGGCGGGCGCCACGCCGGCCUGGAGCCCCGGGCGGACGCCCGUGUACGCGUCGCUGGCGGGGGAGGAGGAGGAGGAGGUCGGGGGUGGCGUCAUCGUGGAGACGUACGUGGCGGGGGACAGCGCCGACUCGGGAGCGUCGAGCGUGGUCGCGGUCGAAGCCUGCCCCGCGCGGCCAGACAGCGCGACGAGCGUGGUCGCGGUGGAGACGUUCCCCGCGCGGCCCGACAGCGCGUCGAGCGUGAUCACAGUUGAGGCCUGCCCCACACGGCCCGACAGCGCGUCGAGCGUGAUCGCGGUCGAGGCCUGCCCCGCGCCGGCCGACAGCUCCGCCUCGAGCCCCCUGGACCUCGUCAGCCUCUCCUCCACGGAGGCGUCGGGGGACUCCCCGCUCGUGACGGACGUCGUCAUCAACGUGGAGGACUUGAGCGCCAGCUCCAGCAGCGCCAGUUCCACCAGCGCCAGUUCCAGCAGCGCCAGCUCCAGCUCCAGCGCCGACGUGGUGCCGCUAGUCAACGGCCACUGCGGGUCCGACAGCGACAUGUAGCGUCGUCGUCCCCUCGCUCCUCCCCCUCCAAGACUGAGUUCUCUCGUCGUGCGCCGUGCUGGGUCGACCCGUCUGAUAAGUGUCCGUUGCCAGUUCAGUUCUUACACUAGUACGUCUCUCAAGAUUACAAUUUUUGUUGGUUUUUCGGUAAUUUAAAAUUUUUUUUCAAGAUAACUAUAUAAAUCUAUGGAUGAUGAAAUUCCAUAUACGUUUACACUCAUAAACUAAGAUUUUCCAAAAGACUUAAAUUUGAAGAAACGUUACUCUCUUGAUGUGCACGGCCACAGUAGAAUUUUCAAUCGUUUAGAAACCGUUUUAAAUUGCGAUUUUUCAUUGAAUAUUUAAGUUUUAUUUAAGUUUUCCUCAUUCCCUUACAUUCAAGUGUUUUCCGUUUGAGAUCGUCUCUUAACGUAUGUAUUAUAUGUGAGAUAUUUCUUUUAUUCCAGAUCUUCCCUUACAGUCGUAAUCUCUUGCGUUCAGUAACGACUGACUGUUGAGGUCAACUAGCAUCCGACUUCAUGCACACAAUGUGUGUUAUGUGUAGAGUUAUCUUAUACCUAAGUUUGCUGUGUGUUGAAGCCGUAUUAUAUUCACCUUUAUGCGCGAGCAUCCUUUAUUUGAGGUCUUUCUGAAUUAAAGGUUGUCAUUAGAGGACAUUCUUUUCACUGUGUAGUUAUUAUGCUUAAAAUUUACAUAGUAUUAAAUUGGAUGGUUGAAAUAAUUUGUAAUUUUCUCGUAGAGAAAAAUAUAAUUAAUGAGAUGAUGACUCUUAACUUAUAAAUUUAAUUUAAAAUAAAUAUUUAUUAAGGAAUAUUUAUAUGAAUUGAAAGUUUUUGUUUAGUUUAUGCCCUCAAAAGAGUUUCUUAUCAAAACAAAUGUUUGAAGUAUUGCGAUAUUGCUACAGCUACUGAAAAUUUACGAAACCUUAUCACAAUGUGUAUAAAAGUUGGAAGAAAAAAAUGUAGUUGUACUUGCAUUUGCAGCAUGUUAUGCAGUAAAGGAGUUUCGGAUGUUAGCUUACAUGAUGGUGGAGCGUUCUAACUGUUGCAUCACUAAAUGGGAUAAAUUGUCGCAAUUAAAUUUCGCUACGAUUUUGAAGAUAGCAUGGCUUCAAUGCACUGGAAGAAUCUCUCAGCUUUGAUUCCAAAACCUUUUAUUGUGGAUGUUUAGAUUUCUUUGCUAUCGAUGGACUUAUCAUUUACGGGAUCUGAAUCGACUCAGCACCACUUUUUUCCUUUCAGUACUUCAACACACUUACGUUUAGCGUUAGAGGCACUUCAUUUCAAUUGUAGUAUAUGUAUGUAGUGUAAGUAACGUGUACAUAGCUGCGAACAAUGCUCUUCGUUUGUCUUGCCUUACAACUGGGAUCGAACGAUGAUUGCUGCACUGGCCCCAGUGACGUCUUGCAAGUUGCGUGUAAUUGUUUAGAGACAAGAUUUUAUGGUUUUAUUUCUAGGCCAAUUUUUGUUUUCAAAAACAGAGAUUUUGGAGUUUUUAUUUUUCAUGCACUCUGUUUAUUCAUAAAGAUCAGCACCAUUUUAAUCAGAUACGACACUUACUUUAAUAAAACUGACUUUCUGACUAAUACAUGAUGCAUUUUUACAAUAUAAUUUUUUUGUAAUAAGCAAUAAAAAUAAAUCAGUAAGUAUAUGUGCAUUUGUAAGAUGUUCCAAUGUAGUAACGUGUAAAAAUUAGUUGCUAAUAACAGUUACAUUAUCAAAAGAAGCAAAGUAUUUUCCGAUCUCUCUAGUAUGUACAUUCAUUUUGGUACAAAAUCCGUGCCGAAUAACUGAAUUUAAUGCAUUAAAAGGUUACGUUUUUUGUAAUCUGGGUUCAGUUUUGAUUAAAUAUGAUGAUUAAUUUCAUGAUUUUUUGGGGGCAUUUCUGUGCUUUAUGGUGUAUUAACAGGCUUUUUGAUAUUUUGGUUUUAUUGCAGUUCACCGUAUAAUCUUGUCCCUAAUAAUUGUGUAUAUUUCAUGUUUAUUAUUAAAAGAUUGUUUCCCCACCAGUGUUUUCAAACUGUUUCAUUGUCACAUGACUGUACUUAUUUCACCGUUGUUGCUCAGCUAGCAGAAUUAUCAUGGUUCAACAAACAUUCACAGUAAAUGCUCAGUUGCAGGGAUUUUAGAAAUGUUUUAAGGUUGGUUUUUGCUAAGUUACCUGAUCAAUGGAAAUAAUGUGCACUCACAUUGGAAGUCUGAUUAGAUUUUAGCUGCAUGCAAAUACUAACCUUAGCUAAGGGAUCCACUAGAAGGGCAUCAUAAUGGGUUGCUUCCAAGUUCUCACAAGGGAUACAGCCAUGCGACCACUAGGGAUGCAACACUUGCAUCCAUUGAUGCAUCCCUACAUCCAUUAGUUUUGGGAUCGUGUUUUAUUUCGUUUAUAAUUUCACUUUUUUUUUAUGGUAUAAGAUCAGUUUAAAUUGUUAUAAGCGUCAAAUCGAGAAGAGUAAAAACCUUAAUGACAAUUACCGAAAAACGAACUUAAACUUGCAGGGGUAUUUAAUUCUCAUUAUAAAUAUUUUUGAUAUUUUGAGAAUCCUUAAAUUUUUUUUAUUUUGAUUGCUGACAUCUUUAACGUUCAUGCCACAUUGAAUUUUUAAAAUUGGUCGUCGUUGUUUGUGUUUUGUUGAAUAUUCGUAAAUAUUACGACUCAAUAGCUCUGUGCACAUUGGUACGACCGACUGUCAACAGGUGGUGCUAGCAGUAAAAGUAUUCCAGGGAUGUAGGGAUGUGUGUGCUAUGGACACAUCCCUAGCAAUUCGGAUAUAUGUAGCUAUUAUUCCUUAAAAUAAUGCUCGUUCACAAAUAUAGGUCUUCAGAAAGACUAGUACUACAGAAGGAAUCAUGGUUUGGGAAACACUCGUGUAAUCUCGGUGUGAUUGUACUGUCGUGGCAGUUGAGAGAGUUUCUGUACCAAAUGAGCUGUUGUUGUGGUUCGUCGAGGUUGUGGCGUGUGUCGGCACGGCAGCGUUCUCAGUCCGUGUGAAGUCACACACUCGAUGCGCGGUCACGUGUCUGCAAGGGGCCAGAUUUGUAGCUGGUUGAAAUAAUAUAUUUUACUGAAAUCUUGAUGCUGUUGCAAGUAAUGUGUAAAUAUUCCCACAGAUUAGUAACAUUAGUGUAAUUGUUAAAAACAACACGUGUCAGUGUUGUUUGAAAAUCUGAAUGAAAAAUAAAGUUUCCAAGAAAAAAAUUCUCCGACAGAACGUACCAUAAACUCACUCCAAAGUUUUAGGGUGGAAUUAAAUCUAUUUUUUGUUUGUAUACUAUAUGUACAGGUUUUUAAUGGUAUGACCAGUAGGGGAUGAUAGACCACUUCAAGAUCUCUGAAAAUUGUUCAUGACAUUUGGUUGCCCUUUGGUAUAAUUGGGAAGACAGAACCCGUUUUAAAAAGGUCUUAACUGUUUUGUAAUGACUACUGCAUCAGUUGGGCUCCAUUGCGCACAAACAUGGCACAACAAACAUCCACAUGCUUCAACGGGAGUAGUGCACUCGCAAGCCUUGCCUAAGUUGUACAAAAACGUAGCGAGAACGGAAGAAAACAUAGUUGUAUGUCGUGCCAGUGGGAACUGCUUAGUUGCAAAACUACGGGCUCUCUACCUCUUAAAUGUGUCGCUUACGCAACUUUUGUUCCUUCUGCUUCUCUUUGUGACUGCCGAGAAAGUACCCCCCCCCACCCUUUCAUUCACCACAUGUCAUCACAUUCUUUGCUUUCUGAACAGUCACUUUUGAACUACAGUCAUAAAUCACUAUAAUGUUUUUUAUAACUGCGGCUUUGUUUUGUUUUUCAAGAGAAAUCUAAUCUACUGACAAAAGUGGCACCAGAAAGGGUGAAAUAAAUAUGGAAUAGAUAUAAUAAUUUAAUUAUUUUAGUGUGCUAUUACCAAUCCAUAAAGUCUUUUUCAUUAACUCAUUAAAAAUUUUGGAGGACACAUUAUUUUCGGGUAAGUGCGGUACUGGAUACGUUGGCAUUUUGAGCAUUUUCGUGAAUCAUCUCGGAGAGGUGAUAUAAGUGAGAGUGGUGUUAUUUUGUUCUACCCUGUGAGAGUUUUUUUAAUGUAAACUUUUGUCAUUCAGUUUUUUAGGAAUGUUUUUCGUUACUGCUACUGUAUAUGUAAAUUUUUGCACAGUGUUAUUGAAAGAAUGUAAUAUAUUUCAACAAUAUUAAUAAAUGUUCUGUGUAAACCCUGACUAGCAUUCUUUACUUGGCUCUUGUCCACUUUUCGUGUGUCAUGUUUUCUUGAGCAUCCGUGAUAGCGCAAGUAUAGCAAACUUCUGGAUGUUGAAGGUUAGGAUCAGGUUCCAUUUGUUUUUCUGAUUAUUCUUCAUCGGACUUAUAAAAAUGUUAAAACUUUAUCUCAAAUUUUUUUACCAAAUGUGGUAAGUUCAGUAUCAA